AUGUCUCCCACGAGUCCGGCCCUUCGCCACCAAGUCAUUCGCAUAUACAAAGAGCUCCUAUAUUUGGGACGGGAUUACCCCCAAGGAUACGACUUCUUCAGGGCCCGCCUCCACAAGGCGUUCGCUAGCCAGAAGGACCUCACGGACGAAGAGAGGAUCAGAAAAGGGAUUGAGCGAGCCGAGUUCGUGAAGAAAGGUGGGUGA